UGCGGUCCGGCCCCCACCCCUGCUUCUUUAGCCUGGCUGGACGGAGUUGCCUGCGGGCCGGGGCGGUGCCAGGGGGGCCCUGGGCAGGGGUCGCCUCUUCUCCAUCAGUCCCGCGCCCCGGAGGGGGAAGGGGAGGGGGCUGGGGGAGCCGGAGACGCGGUGCCCGAGUGCCAGCUGCGGGGCCCGGGCAUGAUGGAGGGGCGGGCACGGCGGGCCGGGCCAGGGAGGACCAGAGGGGGGUGGUCUCCGGCCCUCGGACCACCCCCCUUCCUCCUCCUCCCCCCCGGCCCCCUGCGCCUGCCGCCGCCGCUGCUGCCCCUACUGCUGCUCCUGCAGUUCCCUGGGCAGUGUGAGGCAGUGGAGGAGCUGCCCCUGCUGUCGGUGCUCCUGGAGCGGCACUGCCGAGCACUGUCCUCCCCGGCUGACGUCUCAGACCCCGCCUGCAACGCCAGCACCGACCAGAUCGGAACCUGCUGGCCCCGGACCCCGGCCGGUCAGCGCGUGGAGAGGCCGUGUCCCGAGGUCUUCAACGGCAUCAAGUACAUCACCACCCGCAAUGUGUACCGGGAAUGUCUCGAGAACGGCACUUGGGCCCCCCGGAUCAACUACUCCCUGUGCGAGCCGAUCCUCAGCGAUAAGAGGAAGUACAACGUCCACUACAAGGUCGCCCUCAUCAUCAAUUACCUGGGCCACUGCGUGUCCGUGGGGGCUCUGAUCGCCGCCUUUGCCCUGUUCCUGUGCCUGCGGAGCAUCAGGUGUCUCCGCAAUGUCAUUCACUGGAACCUGAUCACCACAUUCAUCCUGCGCAACGCCACGUGGUUCCUGCUGCAGCUGAUCGACCACCGCGUGCACGAGAGCAACGAGCUCUGGUGCUGCUGUCUCACCACCGUCUUCAACUACUUUGUGGUGACCAAUUUCUUCUGGAUGUUUGUGGAAGGCUGCUACCUGCACACUGCCAUCGUCAUGACCUACUCCACCGACAAGCUCAAGAAGUGGAUUUUCCUCUUCAUAGGCUGGUGUCUGCCGCUGCCCAUCAUCAUAGCCUGGGCCGUCAGCAAGCGCCUCUACGAGGAUGAGCAGUGCUGGUUCGGGAAGGAGCCAGGGAAGUAUGUCGACUACAUCUACCAAGGCCCCGUCAUCCUGGUUCUCCUUAUCAAUUUCAUCUUUCUAUUCAAUAUAGUGAGGAUCUUGAUGACGAAGCUGAGAGCUUCCACCGCGUCUGAGACUAUCCAGUACCGGAAAGCUGUGAAGGCCACACUGGUGCUCCUGCCGCUGCUCGGCAUCACCUACAUGCUGUUCUUCGUCAACCCCGGCGACGAUGAUGUGUCUCAGAUCGUCUUCAUCUAUUUCAAUUCCUUCCUGCAGUCGUUCCAGGGAUUCUUCGUGUCCGUCUUCUACUGCUUCCUGAAUGGGGAGGUCCGCUCGGCAGCCCGGAAGCGCUGGCACCGCUGGCAAGACCACCACUCUCUCCGCGCCCGCGUCGCCCGGGCCACUUCCCUCCCCACGUCCCCCACCAGGAUCAGCUUCCACAGCAUCAAGCAGACGGCUGCCGUCUGACCAACGCUCUCCCGCCAACCAUCCGACCACUCCCCUCCCAAAUCUGACCGCCCCCCCCCCCGACCGUCAAAUAUCAACCUAUUGUUCACAACACAUGAGAGGACAUCCACCCUGGCUUCUCCACUCUACCCUCAUUCUGCCAAUGGAUCAUGACACACCCAGGUCAGGGAAGGCCUAGAAUCAAACAAGAGGGUUCCAGGGCAACUCCUGACUGAACAGGGGUGGGAAGGCCUUCAGUACCCGGGAUCAGUUUCGCCGCACCCCUCCCCGGCUUCUCUGUUCCCUUUAGGGACUCGGUCCACAGAAGGCCGGCGACAGUGUGGCCACUUGGCGAGUCUGACGGAGGAGGGGGUAGGACCGGACCGGACAGUGAACCAGGCUGGAGGGGCCAGGGGUGGCUCUGCAGAUCUCAUGGGACAGAAAGACCCAGUUAUUUCAGGGCCUCGCCAGCUCAUCGAGAAGGGACCGGUCGGCUCCCAGCAGGCGGAGGUACGGUGGCGGCCAGUGGGGGCUGACCAGAAGGGGCUGACCUGUACUCGCAGGACAGCUGGGUUCCACGGAUGUGCACACCCUCCAGGCAGGACUCUGGUGCCUGUCCUGAGGCAGGCAAGGGGGCACAGCCCCCAGGACCCCGUUUCAGGGGUACAAACGGCCUCUCCUCCGAUGCACAAAACUGCGGGGGAUUCGAGUUUGUGGAGGCAGGAAGGUCGCCAAGCUCUGUGGGGAAUGUGUCCAAAGGCGACCGGUCCAGUGCUCCUAGAGGGAGAAGUGCCCUGGGCUGGACUGGGAGCUCUUGGAGGGCAGGAAUCGCGACCUCUAAUUCUACUGUACUUGCCUAAGAACUUAAUAGAGGGCUCUGCACACAGCUGGUGCUCAAUAAAUACUAUUGAUUAAUUAACUGAUUGAUUGAUUGGUUGGACUGAGGGUUGGAAUCUGGGGAAACACAGGGACUUUUCCCUGGAGG